AAACAUAACAAAUUAAUGAGGCAAUGGUGGGGCAGAUUAACUAACCUCCACCUCUAUAAAUAUUGGCUUCUCGCGGCUUAAUCCUUCCACGCCCAAACACACUUUAUUAUAAAUUUUAUUUACAGCUAGCAGAGAAAGCAAUCAGGUCGAUCGGAAAGUAAAAUGAUAAGCAUGGCGAUAAUGGCGACCCAAACGGAGAAAGUGGUGGCGAGUCUGGUGGCAAUGGCGACACAGACAGGCAAAGCAGUUGCAGGCCUGACGGUGGUGUUCGCCAUGUUCCAAAACUACUUCCCCUGCGAACUCCGCGUCCUAAUCAUGGAGUGCUACGACAAAUUCGUGAAUUUCGUGUACCCCUACAUCCAGAUCACCUUCCCCGAGUUUCAGGGCGACGGCUUCCGCCGCAGCAAGGCCUACUCCGCCAUCGAGAGGUACCUCAACACCAACUCCACCAAGCAGGCCAAGCGCCUCCAGGCCUACGUCGUCGACGACUGCGACGCCGUCGUCCUCUCCGUCACCAACAACGAGGAGGUCGCCGACGAGUUCAAGGGCAUCAAGCUCUGGUGGACUUCCGCCGAGCAUAGCCCCACCAAGCAGUCCAUCUCCUUCUGGCCCAGGGAGGAUGAGAAGAAGUAUUUCCGCCUCACUUUCUACCGGAAACACCGCCACCUCGUCACCACCGAGUAUAUCAAGCACGUCUUGGACCAAGGGAAGGCCAUCACCGUGCAGGAGCGCCGGAGGAAGCUCUGCACCAACAAGGCCGGAAGCGGCGGCGGCGGCUAUGGCUUCGGCGGCGGUCUCUGGAGCCAGGUGGUGUUCGAGCACCCCGCCACAUUCCCUACCCUGGCCAUGGACCCCGUCAGGAAGCAGCGAAUCGUCAAUGAUUUGCUGUAUUUCUCGAAAUCGGAGGAGUAUUAUAAGAAGGUGGGGAAGGCGUGGAAGCGGGGGUAUCUCCUCUACGGCCCCCCGGGAACCGGCAAGUCCACCAUGAUCGCCGCCAUGGCUAAUUUAUUACAGUACGACGUGUAUGAUCUGGAGCUCACUGCGGUCGACAACAACACUGAGCUGCGGAAACUGCUGAUCAACACCACCAGCAAGUCGAUUAUAGUGAUCGAGGACAUCGAUUGCUCCAUCGACGUGACGGCCAAGAGGGAAGACGACGACGAUGACAAGGAAGAAGACAAAGGCGAAGCAAAGGAUCCAGUGAAUGAGGAGAAUAAGAAGAAGAAGAAGAAAAUGGAGAAAAAGCGCAGUAAUGUGACCCUCUCCGGGCUACUCAACACCAUUGACGGGCUCUGGUCGGCUUGUCCCGGGGAAAGGAUCAUCGUUUUCACGACCAAUCAUGUGGAGAAGCUGGAUAAAGCACUGAUUCGGAGGGGGAGAAUGGAUGAACACAUUGAGUUGUCCUAUUGUGGAUUCGAAGCGUUUAAGAUAUUGGCCAAGAAUUAUUUGGACAUUGAUUCACAUGAAUUGUUUGCAAAGAUUAGGCAGCUGCUCAAGGAGACGGAGAUGACUCCGGCCGAUGUUGCUGACAAACUCAUGCUCAAAUCGGAUGUGGAAGAUGCCGACACUAAUUUGCUGAGAUUGAUCAAAGCAUUGGAGGAGGCCAAGGAAGAAGCCAGACGGAAAGCGGAGGAAGAAGACAAGAACAAGGCCGAUAAAUUAGCCAAACAAGAAGAGCAAGAGAAGAAGGUGGCCGAGGAGAAAGCCAGAAAUGGGAGUACUGGUGAUCAAUCUUUGGAUAAUGGAGUGAAAGAAAAUGGUCACAAUUAAAUUAUGAUAAUAUAUAUGUGCGUGUGUGUGUCAGUGUGUGCGCCAAGUGAUGUGUAUGACAUGUAAGAUUUGUUGUUAAAUCCUUAAUUAGUGUGAUAUGUAUGCAUGCAUGUUUAUAUCAGUAUUGAAUUAAUAGGAUAAAUGAUGCAAAA